AAGAGACGACUAGAUCGACGCAGUCGCUGGAAGUUCUUAUCAACUCACAGCGUCACAGCAGCAUGUCCGCACAUCGCAGUCCUCAUCGGCCUCGACCACCUACCUCACUCCUCGCGAGCGCCACAUCAUCCACCGAUCCACUCACGUGAGAUACUGACCGAUGGAUCAAAAGCAGCAGCACGCCGACCAUGGCCGUGGCAGCGACGCGACGGCGAACGCCCACGCCCAGCAGGCCGGUCCGAACAAGCACCGGCAGCAGCCUCUUGAUGAGCAGCCUUCUUCUCUGAACCCGACGGCGGUGAGGCUGCUCCGCAAGGCCAUCGUCUCCGAACCGGACGGCGAGAAGCCGGCGGCCGCGGCCGGGUCCUCGGACAUCCUGGCCUUCGCGCGCUCCGUCGACCGGGUGGACUCGGCCCUCGAGUGACCCCUUUGCUUCUGGUGUCAGCUCACUUGUUUUGUUUCCUUUUUUUUUCCCAUCUUGUAUUCGCGCAACGAAAUAAGAGCAGCCAUAGUUGUGGCUUCCGACAGA